AUGACAGACAAUAAUGAUAACAUUCCAUUAUAUUUAUUAACUUAUAACUGUAAUAAACAAAUCCUUGAUUAUGAAUUGGUUCUUCCAAAAAUUAUUGAAUCAUUACCUGAGCAAUUAUCAACAUUAUAUGUUUUUGGAUUAGAAGAAUUAUGUCCAAUUAUUGAUGGAUGUUUUACGGAGAGUGCAAGUAAUCACUUGAUUAAGUUUAAUAGGUUCUUUAUUGAGGCGUUGAAUAGAAAAUAUGGGACAGAAGAUGUCAAAUUCCAUACAAUUGGUAUAAACCAUAUUGGGGCAAUCGGUAUUAUUGCUAUUACUCCAUACCCUCUGAAAUUUCAUAAACUUAGACUAGGCAGAAGCGGAUGCGGAUACGGGUAUUCUUCGAUGAAAGGAGCAGCAGGUAUACGGUUAUCAUAUAUGCCAGAGGGAAGGCAUGAAUCUACGAAAGGCAUGGUGGAGAUGACAUUUGCUAAUUUCCACUUAUCUGCUUAUGAAGGCGAUCACUACUUCCAGAAGAGAAAUAACGAAGUCACGCAAUUAAUGAGAUCUAUGGACUUUGGGGAUGGUUACAGUUUAUUGAAACCAAAGGCCCAUUGUUUUGUCAUGGGGGAUCUAAACUACCGUACUUCUAAAAAGUAUGAUCCCAAUUCUACUUCGUCUAGUCAGCUUUUAAAUUUACAAGACCAGAGCAAACUCAACCAUGGUAAUAUAGAAGAUCUUGUCAGAAAUUACGAUGAAUUGACACAAGGAAGACACAAUGAUAAUAUAUUUGCUGGUUUUAGUGAGGCAUGUAUUAAUUUCAGGCCCACUUACAAAUACCACUUGAACACCGCAAUAUAUAAUCGUAAACGGUCUCCUUCGUGGUGUGAUAGGAUCUUGUAUCAAUCAACGUAUAAGUAUAAUCUGCGUCUGGUUUUGUCCCGCAAAAAGGAAGCUUCGAUAUGGCCCCAGAUACAUGAAUACGGCUCCAUACAGUCCAUACUUUCGUCAGAUCAUCGACCAGUCUACUUAUCAAUAACCGUUCCCACAAAUCCUCCUGAAUCUAUUAUUUCACCACAUGGCUACCUACAGGUGCUUCCCAGUGAAACUCCUAAUAAUCAUUUUCAACACGAUACAAACGACCAAGGAUUGAAUGUUUCUGAGGAAUCGAUUAUUGGCACAACUCAAAUUUACAUGAAACCUACCGUACUCGACAAGCUUAUACAAGGAUAUAUUAGAAGAAUAAGUGACUUUUCAAUUGGCCAAGGUCUUUGGUUUGUCUGUACUCCGAAAGGAAGGCUCGCUUUAUUACUAGUGGCUUUAUUAUGUUGGGGUGGAUAUUAUAUCAUAUAA